GGGAAGUCCUACCAAUGGUUUUUGAUUCAUGAUCUCAUUUUCUUUUCUGCAAGAAGCAGCUGGGCAUAAAGAGUGAUUUACUCAGAGUCUCAUAAUUAGUAAUGGAGUCGACUUGGGAUACAGAUCCUCACCGGUGACCAGUUCUCUUUCUUCUGCGCUGGCCUGCCUGUGACUUCAGAAUUCUAGUCCGGAUCUUUUACCCUGUAGGCCAGUUGUUGCCUUUGUGUUGUGCCCAAGUGGAAUCAUUACUUUUGGGAAGGUGCUGUUAUUCCGCUUUAUUUUACAGAAACUGAGGGUAAGAGGAAUUUUAUGGUUUUGUGACUGUGGCAGCUCUUUAGUAUUAAAGUCACUUUUCAACGUAGAGCGCCUUUCUCCUAGACCACAAAAGGAUUAGUUUUCGGACAAAACAAUCCAUUUCUGCAGUGGUUAUGGUUGGGAUAACCUAACACCAUAAUCACAUUCCCCUUGUGCGCCUGGCUACCUAUGCCACCUUGUAUGUGAAUGUUAACCCAAAAGACUCCUUUAGAUGUCACUGAACUAGUUACUAUAAAAAGUAUUUCACUUUCAAACUCCCACAUUUCAAGAACAGAGAAAUUCAGCGCAAAGGUAACUCAGAGGUUUCCCUGGAACCUGGGCUCCCCGAGACGCAGCACUGGAGCAGAUGGAUAAUGGAGACUGGGGCUAUAUGAUGACUGACCCAGUCACGUUAAAUGUAGGUGGACACUUGUACACAACGUCUCUCACCACACUGACGCGUUACCCGGAUUCCAUGCUUGGAGCUAUGUUUGGGGGGGACUUCCCCACAGCUCGAGACCCUCAAGGCAAUUACUUCAUUGAUCGAGAUGGACCUCUUUUCCGAUAUGUCCUCAACUUCUUGAGAACUUCAGAGUUGACCUUACCCCUGGAUUUUAAGGAAUUUGAUCUGCUUCGGAAAGAAGCAGAUUUUUAUCAGAUUGAGCCCUUGAUUCAGUGUCUCAAUGACCCCAAGCCUUUGUAUCCUAUGGAUACUUUUGAAGAAGUUGUGGAGUUAUCUAGUACUCGGAAGCUUUCUAAGUACUCCAAUCCAGUAGCUGUCAUCAUAACCCAAUUAACCAUCACCACCAAGGUCCAUUCCUUACUAGAAGGUAUAUCAAACUAUUUUACAAAGUGGAAUAAGCAUAUGAUGGACACCAGAGAUUGCCAGGUUUCCUUUACUUUUGGACCCUGUGAUUAUCACCAGGAAGUUUCUCUCCGAGUCCACCUGAUGGAAUACAUUACAAAACAAGGUUUCACAAUCCGAAACACCCGAGUGCAUCACAUGAGUGAGCGGGCCAACGAGAACACAGUGGAGCACAACUGGACUUUCUGCAGGCUGGCCCGGAAGACAGAUGACUGACCUCCAGCACUGGGAGAAGUUCCUGGAAGUGGACUCUCCAGGAGAUCGAAGAGGCUGAUUUUUUUUUUUUUUUUUUAAAUCACAGUGUGAGAUUUUUUUUUUUUUAAUAUUUGUAUUUAUUUGAAGGCACUGGGGACCAGAAGGAAGGAAGUUUUGUGCUUCAGCAGACUCCUCUAUGUUUUGUUCCCUUCACGCUGAGUAUGCAUGUGCCUGUUCAGAGCCUCCAGUUACCUUUUUUAUAAAAAGAAGUCUGAAAAUCGUUAUGGUAUAUAAUCUACCCUUAACAGAGCUUUUUUUUAUUACAGUGCUAAAAUGAUUUCUGAUUAAAUAGUCCCUAACUCAACUAGAAGGCUAAAAAUGCAGGAAUGAAAGAAUAAACAGAGUACUCAUGAUGCCUUUGGGAAAAAUCAAAACAUCAUGUAGGGUGACCUAGUUUUCAAACCAAUAAGCAGUAUUAUAAUAUUAAAGGAAAACUGUUCCAGUCAUUUAAAAGUACUUGUUAAGUACUGCUUUUUACAGUUAUGACAACUGUUUCUUUCUAUGCAUAUAAAUCAAGCAACCAAAUAUCUGUAGCCAUGGAAAUGUCUGACUAGAAAUAUUUAUAUUGGCUUCUGAAUACAAAAUGUCCCUGUGGUAGAAAUCUUACUUCUUAUGCCUGGUGCAGUAUAAUUCCCAAGUGUACUGUCUACCAGAAUAAAUAAAUAAAUAAAUAAAUGAAAUAUGAAAA